AUGGGUUUCUGGAAGAAUCUUGGUCUGCUUACGGCUCUGGCCUCAGCUUCCGCCGUGAGCCGCAGGGAGGAAUCGUCCACUGUCUCUUACCCCGACUACGAUCUCCUUGCCGACUGUCCUGGAUACAGGGUCACUCGUGUUCAAGAGAGCCACUCCGGUGUCAAGGCAGACCUCAAGCUCGCUGGGAAGGCGUGCAAUGCCUACGGCGAUGACAUAGAGGAGCUCAACCUCGAAGUCACCUACGAGACUGACGAGCGCAUUCACGUCAAGAUCCAAGACAAGGCAAACUCUGUCUAUCAGGUCCCCGAGUCUGUCUUCGCUCGUCCCGAGUCUCAGUACGCAAACCCCGAGAAGAGUGCCUUCAAGUUCUCCUAUACAGAGGAGCCCUUCUCCUUCAAGGUCAGCCGCCGUGACAACAACGACGUCAUCUUUGACUCCUCGGCUUCUUCCCUCAUAUUCGAGUCUCAGUAUAUCCGCCUCCGCACCAGCCUUCCCAACGACCCUGCCCUGUACGGUCUAGGUUCUCACACGGACCCUUUCCGUCUCAACACAACCGACUACAUCCGCACCCUGUGGAACCAGGACAGCUAUGGCGUCCCCGAAGGUGCCAAUCUCUACGGAAGCCACCCCAUCUACCUGGAGCACCGCGACUCUGGAUCUCAUGGGGUCUUCCUCCUGAACUCUAAUGGGAUGGACAUCAUCAUCAGUAAAGACGAGGGCGGCCAGUUCCUCGAGUACAACGCCCUUGGCGGUGUCUUUGACUUUUACUUCCUUGCUGGACCCAGCCCUGUCGACGUCUCUAAGCAGUACGCCCAGGUCGUUGGAAGGCCUGCUCUCCAACCCUACUGGGGCCUUGGAUUCCACCAGUGUCGCUACGGCUACCGCGAUGCCUUCCAGGUCGCCGAGGUUGUCUACAACUACAGCCAGGCCGGCAUCCCUCUCGAGACCAUGUGGACCGACAUUGACUACAUGGACAGCCGCCUCAUCUUCACCACCGACCCUGGCCGCUACCCUCUGGAGAAGGUCCGCGCGCUCGUUGACACGCUCCACAAGAAUGACCAGCACUACAUUCUCAUGGUCGACCCUGCCGCUGGCUACCAGGACAACUACCCCACCCUGGACCGUGCUAUUGAGGACAACGUCCUCCUUCUGAGGCAGAACGGCUCCGUCUUCCUCGGUGUCGUUUGGCCUGGUGUCACCGUCUUCCCUGACUGGUUUGCCGAGAAUGCUACCAACUACUGGAACAACGAGUUUGCGCUCUUCUUCGACCCCGAGACUGGUGUUGACAUUGACGGCCUCUGGAUCGACAUGAACGAGCCUUCUUCGUUUGCCUGCCUCUUCCCCUGUGCGCGAGCACUGACAAACUUUCAGGACAACCCCUACGAGCAGGCCAAGGGUUACCCCCCGACGCGUCUACCGGUCCGCGAGAACCCCCGCUCGCUCCCUGGGUGGCCAUGCGAGUUCCAGCCCCCUGGCGACGGCGGCUGCGAGUCUUCAGACGCUAAGCGCGAUCUUUUCCGCCCCGGAGGUCCCGUCCGCCGUGAUGUUUCGCACGACAGCCUCUUCCUCCCCGAGCGUAGCAGGCCCAAGGAGGGUACCCAGCAGGGUCUCGACGGCCGUGACUACCUCUACCCCAAGUACUCGAUCCACAACGCCGCCGCCAACGCACCGGACUGGAACGCCGACAAGGGUGGUCUCUCCAACAAGACAGUCCUGACCGACGUCGUAUCGCAGAACGGUCUGGUCCAGUACGACACUCACCAGCUGUACGGCCACAUGAUGGGAAUUGCCUCUUAUGAUGCCAUGCUCUCGCGCCGUCCCGAGAAGCGCCCCUUCAUUAUCACCCGUAGCACCUUCCCUGGAUCUGGUCGCAAGGUCGGCCACUGGCUUGGUGACAACAUGUCUACCUGGUGGCACUACCGUGCCUCGAUCCGCACUGCCCUGGCCUUCACGUCCAUCUACCAGUUCCCCAUGGUGGGCUCUGACGUGUGCGGAUUUGGCGGCAACACGACCGAGGAGCUCUGCUCCCGCUGGGCUGCCCUGGGUGCCUUCAACACCUUCUACCGCAACCACAACGGCGACACCUCCCCCGACCAGGAGUUCUACCUCUGGGAGAAGGUGGCCGAUAGCGCUCGCAAGGCCAUUGGAAUACGCUACAGGCUGCUCGACUACAUCUACACUGCCAUCGCCAAGGCUUCGGAAGAUGGUACGCCCGUUAUGACCCCCAUGUUCUUCAACUACCCCGAGGACAAGAACACCCUCGACCUAGAGCUGCAGUACUUUUACGGCCCCGGUGUCCUGGUUGCCCCCGUCACUGAGGAGGGCGCUACUAGCGUGGAUGUCUACCUUCCCAAAGACAAGUUCUACGACUGGUACACUCACGAAACUAUCCAGGGCAAUGGUGCCAUGCACACCUUUGGCGACGUGGAUAUUACGCACAUCCCUCUUCUUAUCAAGUCGGGUGUUAUCCUGCCCCUGCGCGAGUCGUCUGCGAACACAACCACUGAUCUACGCAAGGAAAAUUUCGAGAUCCUCGUUGCCCUGGACGAUAAGGGUGAGGCCAGUGGUGAGCUGUACCUCGAUGAUGGCGACUCUGUUGACCUCAAGAUCAACGGCGUCUCCAACCUCAAGUUCUCGUACAAGAACGGCGAGCUGAAGGUCACCGGUAGCUUUGGUCAUAAACUGGCAGCUGUCAUCUCCAAGAUCACCGUUUUGGGCAAGAGAGGACACAGCCGCCACGGCAGUGACGGCUCUGGUUUCAAGAACCCCCGUCACGAGGAUGACAAGAACAGCUACACCAAGGACGUAGAUGUCUCCCUCAACGGCCCUAGCACUAUUCCCGCCUAA